GAAAGCCAGAGAGUUGGCAAUGCAUGCGUUUAUUAUUGCUGUCGCCGUUGACCACAAUGAUUCGGCUAUACACUCUGUCACUUUCCUUUAAAAUCGCCAGAAGCAUCGGGUUUUGAUAAAUUACAAAAAAGCGAACAAAUAACAAAAAAAUUAGGCUACGGUAACAGUCCUACUUUUUUGCCUGUCUUGUCGCAACGACGAAGAAAACAAAAAAAUACGAGGUGACAACACGCGCGCGCCUUUAACUAUUCAGUGCGUAAAAUCGCGCGUGCGAUUUUUGGUAGCAGUAUUUAUCGUCGUUGCCUAAACCACAAUGGCGUGUCUCAAUACCCUGAAAUUGGAAAUAAAAACAUUGGAAAAAAUCUUCACAAAGAACCACGAACGUUUUCAGAUACUGAACUCCAGUGUUGAUGAGUUAACAUGUCGUUUUAUCGGAAAGAGUGGCAAACGUUAUGACAUCCAUGCAAACAUCACGGAAACUUAUCCAUCAUCACCCCCAGUUUGGUUUGCCGAAAGUGAAGAGACAAGUGUAACAAAUGCUGUUCAAAUACUAAGCAAUACAAAUGGUCGUGAUAACCAUGUCAUAAACCAGGUUGGCAUAUUAUUACGAGAAUUGUGCCGCCUACAUAAUGUUCCACUGCCGCCCGAUAUAGACAACCUCACAAUACCGUUUCAAUUGCCACCACCCAAUAGUUCAUCAUCAUUGAAUCAACAGCCUGCAGCUCAGAAUCAAAUUGAGGAUAUCGAAUCAGAUCAAGAUGAUAUCGAAGAUCCCAUUGGAGACAGUGAACAAGAAAGCGAGGCAGAUGAAGAUCUUCCCCUGGAAAUGGAUGAUGUUCGCAGUACGAAUAAAAAGGACGAAAUGGAAGUUGAACACUUAGCAACACUUGAAAGACUGCGUCAAAGUCAACGACAAGACUAUCUAAAAGGUUCAGUUUCCGGUUCCGUUCAAGCAACCGAUCGCUUAAUGAAAGAAUUACGUGAUAUCUAUCGUUCUGAUUCGUUUAAGAGCAAUAUGUACUCCAUAGAAUUAGUAAAUGACUCCAUAUACGAAUGGAAUAUACGCCUUAAGUCCGUUGAUCCCGACAGUCCAUUACACAACGAUUUGAUAAUGCUCAAAGAGAAAGAAGGCAAAGAUAGUAUUCUGCUAAAUAUAAUAUUCAAGGAAACCUAUCCAUUUGAACCGCCAUUUGUGCGUGUUGUACAUCCAAUUAUAUCAGGUGGCUAUGUCUUACUGGGAGGCGCAAUUUGCAUGGAGCUACUAACGAAGCAAGGCUGGAGUUCGGCAUACACCGUGGAGGCGGUUAUUAUGCAAAUUGCAGCCACAUUAGUUAAGGGCAAGGCCAGAAUCCAGUUUGGGGCAACCAAGGCCUUAUCGCAGGGUCAAUACAGUUUGGCGAGGGCGCAACAGAGUUUCAAAUCAUUGGUUCAAAUACAUGAAAAGAAUGGUUGGUUCACUCCCCCCAAAGAGGAUGGCUAAGACUUAAUGAGAUGAAGCAUAGAGCCCACACAUACAUAUAUAUUUCCACAGUACCCCACCAUCAUUAAGGCGCCCCCUAAAAUAACUAUCAUCAUAACUAUCCUCCUCGAAGCUGCUUGAAAUUGUUUUUUAUUCUUUGUGUGAAGUAUUUUGACGCAAAACAAAUUACCACCAGCAACAGACAGAAUGCCAACAACAACAACACCAUAAUUAUUUUAUUCUUCAUUAAAGUAAAAAAAAUGUCUCCUGAUGUGUACUCGCGCUUCUUAUUAUGUGUAAUUAUAAAUAUUUUCAUUGUAAUAGUGUACUACUACUCUUAUAUAUUUAUAUGUCAUUGAUGUCUUGUUUUACAACUACAUCUUUCAAACAUUGUCAUCAAUAAUUUGCUGUUCUCCAGCCAGCCAGCCAGCAAUACCCUGUAAUUGGUCGUAUACAAGAGAAAACGGGAAAUGCUUUUUACAUUUGGAUAUAAAAAAGCUGUGAAGCUAGAAUGGGAUAAACAAGUCAUUUCUCUCUUUGGACUUGCUAUACAAAUGCGUAUAUAUAUAAAAACAAGAAACAUACUAUCUUUAUCCCUUUUCGAUUAUAUUGCUAAAGUAGUUUGUAGUGUGUAAUAUUAUUUGUCUUUAAUAAGUUUUUUUUUCUUUUUUUUAAUUAUAUAAUUAUUUUAAAUUUGUACGUUUUGUAUUUUGUUUAAUUAUCCUGUUCCUCCCACCACCACAAUUGAAGCUACUGCAUUCAUUGAACAAUCACUUCAAUCAAAAACCUUCCUCCUCCACCGUUCCUCCAUCCUCCUUAUCACAAUACCAUGUACUCCAGAGUAGUGUUUUUCCAAGAUGUUUUUUACGUUUUUGGUUUUAAACAAAAAUGAGAAACAAGUAUAUAAAUAUACAUAUUAAAUAAUAAAAUUACUUAAAUUAUAGCUACUAAUGGAUAUAUAUGAACAAAACACAUGAAGUAUAUUAUUAAAAAAUAGCAACAAAAAUAAUUAUAUAUUUUUAUUUGUGUUUUGCAAACAAACAAAAAAGGAUUGAAGUUGACAAGAAAAAAAAAAAAACAAAUGUGGAACCAAACAAAAAACAACAAUAUCUGUAACAUUUAAGUUUUACACAUACAUACAAAAAGAAUAAAACCACGCAAGAAUUAUAAAUAAACAAGAAAAUUGCAAAAAAUACAUUAAACUAAGUUAAUAUUAUAAAUAUGCAACAACAACAUUACAGUAAAUAAAUAAAAUUAAUUUUAAAUUAAAAGCCAACCAGCCAACAACUAAUUAACUAUAAAGAAAAUAAAUAAGCGCAUUAUCAUAUAAACGCAGAUAAAAGCUAGGCUAUUGCAAAAUAUUUCCAAGUUAUGUGUAGAUUGCAAAGGUGGUGGAACCUGAAUAAAUGAAGAGAAUACUUAUAAAUUAGGUCCUGGGCCUUAAUUCUUGUUCUAUGAAGAUGUGAAAUGAAAACUUUUAUAAAGAAAAGAAAUGUCAAAUGAAAAAAUUUAUAAGGAAAAUAUUUUUCAUUUCAUAUUUUCAUAGAACAAGAAUCCAGCCCCUGCUUAUGUAUAUCGACAUGAAAGCAGCAAGUGUGAAAGAGAACCACAAUUUCACAUAUGUAUUUCGAAUUUAUAAUUUAAUCAAAAAAACAUUUGAAUAUUAUUUGGAAUGGUGUUUUUCUUUCCCGUUCAUAUUCGUAUCUACAUACAGCAACAUGCUCUUAGAAAACUUGUUUACGAUUUCUCACUUUUUUUCAUAUUUAAAGAGAAUUGAACUUCUGUGACCUACAUAGCCUGGAAAUAUCUUAUAAUAUAUCUAGAACAAAUAAAUUGAUUUAUCGGGAUAGUCUUGAAUAAUUUCUUCAAAUUUCUUCACUUUGCUUCAUAUUUGAUCUACAAAUGCAGACGAUUUUGAAACAAGAUUUUGUAUGAACUACCAAUGUUCAUGUAUUUUUGUCUAUUUUUUUUUUUUUUUUUUUUUCAAAUUUUCUCAAUCACAACAGCUAUAUAAUAUAAAUAAUAAAUAAACCACAAAUAAUUAUAAAAAAAAUAAAUGAAAAUAAUAUAAACCAUUUUAAGUUAAAAAAUCAA